AGACGGGUUUUCGGGAGCUGCACUUUCCAGCUGAAAGGAACUUUAUUAGUAAUGCCUUUCUUUUCAACAGGAAAGUGCAGCACGCAAAUAACCCAGUUCAGAUCUGGUGCAGGAGGUGCAAGCGAAAAGAAUGCACGCUGAUGGGCUGGAUGACCCGUCUAUUUGCAUUGGGGAUGCACGCGACUCUUAAGGCUCAAUUCUGGGCCGCGACAACCCGCUUGCUCCCACAGUACUCGUGUGAGCCUGCCAGCGCUGCUUAUUUCCAGCGUAGGUCUUCAUGGGAACGGAAGUUUCUAUUCUUCCUUGGGACGUGUAUAGGGAUCGACAUGCUUUACCGAGCGCCACUACUCCCGACUCAAUCGGAGAGACGAGCAAUGCGCGCAGAAACAGCGCCGAAGCGUUUAUUUUCAGCUCAAAUUACAAUGCGUGUCACGCGGCGCUGGUGCCGCCGAACUGCACGAGUCUUACGUUCUUGAGUAGUCUUGAGCCUUACGCCGUGUAGAGUUCUUUGCUCUACUCGGCGAUAUCAAAAUGAAUCGUGCAUGACACGCAGUUACAGAGCUAUGAACGUUACAAGGGCGACAUGUUUUCGUUGCAAGCGGUUUUAGGAUGUGUACCCCCCUACCAAAAUUGAAAGACUUUUCACGCCAAAAAAGUCGAAAAAGCGGCUGCGAUGUGCUUCCAGUUGAUGCACUGGCAAGGAUAGAAUAGUACUGCUUACUGUGAAUAACGUCGUCCAACAGACCGGUGGACAACCUACAGCCACACCGUCAGUUAGGGCAUUCCUGAAACUGAAACUGUAGUACAAGCGCAACACGUUGUUGAGUCAUGGAGCGAGAACGUCGGGACGAGCUGGACUGGGUAGGAGGAAGACAAUACUGAUAUCUUAACGUUAACGCUUCAUUCGCAGGCUCGUGUCACUCAAUUCAUACCGCCAUAGAGGAAAGAAAGAAAGGAAGUAAAGCUGGUAAAGCGUCUUGUACAGACACGCUCACAGCUGUGGCUAAACACGAGCAAGCAACCGAAAACCUGCAACUGCAGCACUCGAAAACGAAACCAAAACGAGCUACUGGUUGGGCCAACUUUCGCCAAUUUACAAAGUAAUGAUAAACUUGUAAUGUUUCAGACAAAACUAAAUGGAAUAAAUAGGACAACUGGCUCAGGGGUGGGUACUUGAAAGGGAGCGAAUUCUACCAUGGUGACGAGAGAUUACACUGAGGACACUGAGUGAAAGAAAAACGGGUAGGAACACUUUAUUACAAUUAAGGUGAACAAGGCUUUCGUGCAGAGUCUGCACUUGAUCAGGCUGCUCUUCAUCAGAAGUAGCAAGCGAGCUGAUGGUAUAGAUCGGGUUUUUAAGUUAUGGAUCUUUACCGUGGUGAAUGGCCCCAAAGCAGUCUUGGAAGUCAGAAGCCAAGAGCAUCCAAGCCAAAGCUCCUGGCGGGUUGCAUGUGGUUGCAUGUGUGUUGUCGCCCGUCUGACUUCUGCGUCCGUUGAGUAUUCCGCAUUUGGUAUUUUAUCGACGAUGCCAUCCGUGACAUGCCUGAUCACAAUCCCACACGCCGACGUGAGGCGUAAAUGCCAACUCGAAGACUGUACGGUGUCAGCGUUGAGGAAGGCGAUCGCCGAGUCGAGCAUUUUGGCGCCUAAUGUGGAUGAUAACGUAAGGUUCCAGAUCCUUGACGGGGAUUUUAAUGAGUAUGUUGAAUUGGACGACGGCGACCAAAUCCCCAACAUGUCGUGCGUUCGAGUGAUCCGCCCAGGUCCAUCAUCGGCAUCAUCCACGUCAAACAAUGACCACAGUGAAUGUAUGCCUACAGCUGCAGAGUCUACUUCAGAACCCCAUGCGGGCACCAGUGGGAGCGGGCAAUUUGAUAUUGUGGUGAAUGAUGCUGAUCAUGAUGGCAAAGGCUUUUCCUUCCCUGAUUUUGGGACGCUCCAUGCAAUAAUAAAGCCCGAUGUGCCUCUCACGUCCUCUGCACACAAAAAAAUUAUCAAUGCCCUCUACCAAUCCAUGAUCAAGUGCAGCAUAACACCAAAUAGAGGAUUCUAUAUGAAAGUUGUAUGUGAGCUCCUGAAGCGAUACCCCAGUUUAGCUGAUGUAGUAGGACCCGGACAUGACUCCUGGCUUGCCUCUUUACGAACGAAGUUCAAGAAUGAAAGACGUAGGUUGCCCGAUGACCAGAGGAUCAUUGAAAACAGGGUGAAGUAUGGCGGUCAAAAGCGAAAGAGAUCAGAUGGCAACGUAGAGGAGGAGCUGAAGCGGAGGAAACUACACGGACCUGUCACGGCCGAAGUCACUGUAUGCAGUGUUGCGAUCGAGGGAGAAGAUGGCAAUUUUCAAGAUCUUGAGGACUGGCUAAUCAAAGAAAAUGAGAGUGACUCGCCAAAUGAAGAGUUAAUUGAUUGGAAGAUGACAUUAACCUUGAAACAACGAACUGCGGCCAUUGUAAGCGUUCCUGUGUUGCAGACCAAGCUCACAUACCCGUACCUCAUGGACGCAACAAGGUUCUUCAAGGAGUUUGAAAGACGUUAUGACAGACAUCCCCUCCAGUGUACUUCUGCUGCAUUGCAGCAAAUCCGGACACUUGUACUCAGGCAAAAGAUCAAAUGUAAAGAAGAACUUCGAGAGCAACUCCUUGCUGAUGAAGAUCGAACAGGCGUUUGCGAGAGACGUCGGAAACAUUUGCUAGCUGUUCAUACCCUGGAGAUCAUCAGUGCCUGUGUGAAGCAGCGCAAGUCACCAGCGCACUUGUUUGUCAAAGAUGGCAAGCCUCUGGAGGUCUGGCCCUCAGUUGUGUUCACAGGGAAUAAUGUCGAAGAGGCGGAGCACAUGUUCCUCCAUGUAGAUAAGGUCUCUCUCUUUCGGGUCAUUGACCUAGAGGAGGGGCUCGCAGCAAUAAUGGCAGCGUACUGGAUUUUCCAGAUUGUUUACCACAAAGAGUCAUGCAAUGUAUUGUGUGCCCUUGAAAGACUUUGCCUUAAACUUUCCGAUUCGCGUGCCAGGCCCCCCGUGGUUAAGUUUUUUAAUCGCUACAGAAAGGAAUUCGAAUCUGGGGCAGAAAACCUUGUGUAGCCGCUGUGGCUCUGAUGUCAAGAGCUUAGUUAUGUUAGCAGCAACUUGAAGAAAUAAACAUGUUCCUCUAUCCAACA